AAUGUAUUUAAAAACAAAAACAGAACAUAAAACCAUCAACCCACCCAGCUCCCCCAAAUACAACCCCAAGAUUCAUUUAUGCCAAAUAUGAUGAGUUAAAGUAUUGUUUAAAAUCAUUUUUUAAUCUAAUGGAUCUUUCAUGAUAUUUAUACGUACCUUUCAUAUCAAAGAAAAAUACAUUUUCCAAGAAUUUUGAAUUUCACCUCAGACCCAAUUUCUUCAGUUUUUUUUGUAAAGCUCAGACAGGAAUGCUGUCCAGCAGUUAUGUGAGCAGGAGACAAAGCCAGCUGAGGCCUGAUGGUGUCUGACCUUUUCACAGACCAUUGCAUUGAGGUAAAGGAGGCCAGCAUUAUCAGGACGGACAGACAGGACAGCCUUAAGAUUUUGUUUUUUUCGUUUUUCCCCCAAAAGCUCUGAGGCAUAGAUCUGAAUAAAAAAAGUUCUAUUUAACGUAGUUAAAUGUUCCCUCAUGUGACCCAGACUAUGCUCUUAGUCAAAAGUCCAUCAUAAUUUAUGUGCUUAAGAGCCUUUCUCAAUAAUUAUUGUCAUUUUCUAAUAUAAUGGCGACUCGUGAGGAAAAGAGCAGUACAGCACAGGUGGAUCUGGUAUCACUGUUUCCACAGCAACACAUAUUAAAUUGCACUGCAGCCUACAGACGGUGAACUUUAGACAGGCGGAGGAACAGGUGACUCAGAGAGCAGGAGUCCUUCCGGGAAAGAACACCUUCAGAAAUGGCUAAGUUUCUAACACAAGCUCAAAUCAACGAGUUCAAGGAGUGCUUCUCCUUGUAUGACAAGAAGCGGAACGGAAAAAUAGAUUCCAAAGAUCUGAUCACCGUCAUGCGCUGCUUGGGGACGAGCCCCACCUUCAGUGAGAUAGACAGGCAUCUACAAGUUCACAAAAUCGAUAAGAAAGGUGAGCUGGACUUCUCCACUUUCCUGACGAUGAUGCACAGACAGAUGCAGCAGGAGGAUCCCGGGACGGAGAUCCUGGAGGCUUUCAGGAUGACAGACAAGCAGAACAAAGGAACCAUCCAGGCGUCUGAGCUGAAGGCUAAACUCACCAAGCUGGGAGAGAAACUCUCAAAUGCAGAAGUGGAUGAACUCUUCAGGGAGGCAAACGUCAGGCCGAACGGAGUCAUCAACUAUGAAGAGUUCACCCGAAUGGUGACCCUGCCACCAGUCGAUUACUGAGUUUUCAAAAAAAAAAUCAUCAUUCAAAAAUGUCUCAAAAUUACAAAAUAAAAGCAUGGACUAAUGUUCCAUUCUUUGAAUUUUUACACAUACAUAUGUAAAUAAUCUGAUGUGUGAUUUGUUGAAAAAAUAAAGUUUAAUUCCCGUGAA